GUACUUCCACGAACAUCCUUCUCCAACGAUUCUCACGACUACACGAUUACUACCAUCUACUACUCUUACUCCUACCACUACUAUCCAUCAAUUCAAUCUAAACAACCACCAAAAUGUAUCUCAAAUCCAUCCUCCUGACCACCCUCCUCACCACCUCCGUCUCGGCCUCCGCCUUCGCCAGCCCUGACGAAAUCGCCGACAUCAUCUCCGGCGCGGGUGACGCUGCCAAUACCGCCGUUGCCGGCGGCGAGUCAGUCGCCAGCAACGUCCGCGAGGCUGCCACGAGCAUCGCCUCGGAUGGCGCCGACGCCGCCUCCACUCUGACCUCCAAGGGUGCCGACGCCGUCGCCUCCGUAACCUCCAAGGGCGACUCUAUCGCGUCCGACGCCUCCUCCAAGGGCGAGUCCAUCGCUUCUGACGCCUCCUCCAAGGGCGACUCCAUCGCCUCGGACGCUUCCUCCAUCGGGUCCGACGCUUCCUCCCGCAUCCACGAAGUGACCACCACCGACAGCGACGGCAAGCCGACCACCUCCACGAGCCUGGGCCCCAAGGAGACCGGCGCGGAGGCCACUGAGUCGGCCUCGCCGUCCAACUCCGAUUCCGAGGGAUCGAAGCCCUCCGGCAGUGAGGGCGCCGGUAAUGCCCAGGCCACGGUCGGCCUGGGCGUCGCUGGUGUGGCCGGCCUGCUGGGUGUGAUGGCCGUGUUGUAAAUUCCUUAAACUCGCUUUUUGAUUGCUGUUUUUCUGGGAUUAUAGAGAGUUUAAUUGGGGAUGAAAUUGGACAUAUACCCCGCGUCGGCCGAGAGAUGGUCUUGCUGUGUUU